AUGCAUAGGACUCCUCUUUCUCUUGCCUCGUUGAGCCACGACUCCAGUACCGAUCCCAGUUCCAUUAUUCCGUCCCGGCGGCUGGAGAUCAGUAUCGCAUCCGCAAUCCAAAACAUCCUCCGCUUAACUUAUCCGUCCUUCAGCCGGACGACCGACCACCUCACCUUUGGCUUCGACCAACAUCAAACCCCCAUGCCUUGCAGCCUCUUCCGCGGCGCUCCCGCUCCCGCACCCGCAUUCCUUUACGUCGACCUUAGUGGCAUUCGCAAGGCUCGCCAGGCGUCGCUCGAGCACAUCUGUUGUUCAUUUCCGAGUCAACGCACGAGCAGGGCCACAGCAUCCCUCUACGCCAAGCGUCUUGCCGAAAUCACGCCUGCGGACCCCACUCGAGACCCCUACGUUGCCGGUCUCUCCAUCGCAAUCGCCCAGUCCCAGUGCCUGCGUCUAGCCGAUGAUGCUUCCUCACUGGACAGUCUUCAACCGUGCCCACAGGAACCUUCGACAAGCUUGCUCAUCCCUAGCAGCCACCUCCCGCCGCCUCGCAUUAUAGCAUCGGAACUACGCAGAUUCCCUACCGGCUGUGCUCAUCUUUUCAGUCGCGACCGCUGCAGAAAACAUGCCCGUGAGGUUCGAAGCGUUCUCGAGAUUCGGACGAUUCAGACGAUUUCAAUGGAUUAGAGAGUGCAAGUAGAAAGCUUGCAUGACGAUGAUCACGAUAGGUGUCAGACCUUAGACGGUUGGGGAUGUCACAUCGGUUUACCGUGGAAUGGUUCAGAUAAUAAACUGGAUGGCAUUGUUGGCGGCAUACGUACCUGGGUCUCGGGAGACCGCUCGAGUUGCAGCCAUCAACGCGCGGCGUAUGAUACCCAUAAUUUUUUUUUUCUUUUGCUACAAUCGACUCGAUGGCCUGUGCUUGUGCCUCACUUU